UAUGCUAAGUUCCUAACAUAGCUUUUCUUUUGGAGCAGACAAUUCUGUUAAAUAUCUGUUAUCUAUUAUUCUUUCUGUUGGAAGUUCUGCAUUAUGGGGAGGUCACCGUGUUGUGAUAACGAGAGUGGUGUGAAGAAAGGGCCAUGGACACCAGAAGAAGAUGAGAAGCUGGUUGAUCAUAUCAACAAGCAUGGCCAUGGCAACUGGGGAACACUUCCAAAGCGUGCCGGUUUGAAUAGGUGCGGCAAGAGCUGCAGGCUAAGGUGGACUAACUAUCUCAGGCCAGAUAUCAAGAGAGGCAAAUUCACUGAAGAAGAGGAGCGAAUCAUCAUCAACCUUCAUUCAGUUCUUGGAAACAAGUGGUCGAAGAUUGCAGCCCAUCUUCCAGGAAGAACUGAUAAUGAGAUCAAGAAUUUCUGGAACACUCACAUAAGGAAGAAGCUUCUGAAGAUGGGAAUUGACCCUGAAACUCACAAGCCAAGGACUGAUUUCAAUCACCUCAUGACUCUUUCACAGUUGCUUGGCAUGUCAACAAACAUGGGAAAUGCUAAUUGGGGCAACAAUAACCCUCUUGGUGAUAUCACUCAGCUAGCCAAGUUGCAACUUUUGCAAAAUCUUAUGCAAAUUAUGGGUAGCAACAAUUCACUUGUGAACAUGGGGAACCCUCAUAACCUCUCAGGAAUUCCCAGCCUCAACCCAUUCAAUGUGUUUACAAAUACCCUUCAAGCUAAGGAGCCAUUGGUUUUGAGUGGUGAAGAAUAUGGAAACAAUGGUUUCUGCUCUCAAGCACAAAGUGGGUCCCCCUCUCAGCAGGAUAUUUCAAAAUCAAGGGCAGAUUUUGUUGAUCAGGGUUCAUAUAAUCCACAAGUUCUUGAUCAUAACAAGAAAAUUAGCAGCACUACUUCAUGUGAAAAACAAGAAGAAAAAUCAUCACUUCCUGCAUUAGUUGAGGGAACCUUCAACCAAAUAGACAAUUGCUAUAACACAGCUCAAACAUCCACAGAGUCACCUUCUAAUACAAACCUUGAUGAUUGGGAGAAUUUCCUCAUUGACAAUGAAACUAGUGGUUCCUACUGGAAAGAGCUUCUAGACUUGACAUCCACUUCUGCGUCGCCAAUUUCUUGGUAGAAGAAUCACUGAUUCUCUUUCUGCAUAAUCUCAUCAAGAAAGACCUAUUGCUUCAUUCAUUCAUGGCUUCUAUUAUUGUUUAGAUUAUUUCAAAUGUUAUACAUAGGAGAUUAUAAUAACUGUACUUUCUGUACAAAACAACAAGAUACACUAGCAUAUUGAAUAUGGAGAGUAUAAAUUACUAAUGUAUGAUUCUUAUGUUCUUCAGACAAACUUUACUGGGUUGGUUCUAUUGGUA